AUGAUAGAACAACGAACAGUUUCAUUCUUUCAAGAACUCUGGGACAGUAAAGACUUGGCACGUGGUCUUAUCGACCCAGCAGACGAUCUGAAACUUCUUCCAUUCUUGAUUGUGGCCGAAGUCGUUUACGGGAAGCUAGCUCCCGAUGUUGAAUCCGAGCUCCGUGCCCUCGCUCCGAUCCGCGAAUCCUUCUUCAAGCACGUCAUCUCGGGCGGGCUUACUCGUUUCGACUGGUCAGCUUAUCUACCUACACAAGCCAAUAAAGACCUUGCAGCAUUCCGAGAGCGAUGGAUUGCGUUCAAUGAAUUUGCUUGUCGAAGAGCGAAGGAACAAGGUCUCAACGCCCCCAUCUUGGACUUAUUCGCGGCGAAAGAAAUGGGAGAAUUAACCGAGAAUGAAAUGCUGCACACCCUUGAUGAAAUGUUAUACGCCAAUCUCGAUGUCACAAUUGGCGGUGUGAGCUGGAAUCUGGUGUUUCUUGCAUCGGACAUUUCCGUGCAGAAUGAGUUACGAGCAGAAUACCAAGCCGCCCAGAAAGAAGCCGACGAAAAUGGUCUGACGCUAGAGAAAUAUUUGUCGAGUAGCACAACACUUCUAGCCGCUUGUGUAUCGGAAGCUUCUCGUCUACGACCCCUUGCUGCAUUCUCGGUGCCACAAAGUAUUCCCACACCAAGAGUUGUCGGAGGCUAUGAAUUUCCAGCCGGAACAAAUUUCGUAAUUGACUCAUAUGCUUUAAAUAUUCGUAACUCAUACUGGGGCGAAGAUAAAGCCAUAUAUCGUCCAGGUCGUUUCAUGGAGAGAACCGCAACACAGUCACGAUACAACUUUUGGAGAUUUGGAUUCGGUCCAAGGCAGUGUAUGGGAAAAUUUGUGGCGGAUAUUUUGAUAAGGAAUAUUUUGGUACAUUUGGUAAGAGAGUAUGAUCUGUCAUUGUUGAAAACCGAAGAGUGGCAGAGAAACCCUGAGAUUUGGAUUAAUCAUCCAGAUAUGAAGUUAAGGUGUGUGAAGAGAGGAUAA